UUAAGGUUACGGAUAAUAAUCUAAUAACACUGAAUGACCCACGUUGUUUUUGCAUAUCACACUUUCAUCUCAUUGAAAGUGGCACAAACGGGCACCUCUAUGCACUCUCUUUACCAAAACAGCGGAGCGGACAGGAAGACAGAGAGGAAGUGAUGUGGUUAGACAGUUUGCGUCUCUUUGUAAUAAUGAUGCUUAAAGAGAGGAGAGACACUUAAAACGUAGGUUAGUAACAAUUCAAAAUUAAGAGUUUAACCAAAGAAAGUGUUUGAUAUUUCAAUGUAUAUUCAGAUAGCUCAGAGGUAGUGGAGCUGCCAACAGGUCAUUUGCUAUGAGAAGAGCAGAUGUCAUCAAACUCAGCAUUAUCUUCUUCCUGAUCUUCAUCUUAUGCAUGCUAGAGUUUUUCCCACAAGAAACACAAGUUCAGUUUCUCUGUGAAACUGUCGACCCUUGUACACCGAAAAAUGGUUCAGGUGAUGUACUCAUAUGUGGACAGGCUGAUCUUCCUUGUCCAACAGAAAUAAUAAAUGGCAGCAGUCAGGACGAACCUACAGACUGGUAUGUCUGCAAGAGGGAGAUGGAUAGUGAUGUUCUUCAUGAUAAUACCUCAGUAUCAGGAGACCACGUGAUGAUGGUACUUAGAAAAGGAAACAAUCUGUCAGAAUGGAACAGUAGUAUAUUCACGUUUCUAAACCACACCAACCUGUACACUGGACCCCAGGAUCACCAGAGACAUUUUUACUGCCUCCUUCCACCAAACAAAAGCAAAUGUCCAGAUAUCACAGAAAACCCCCCCAAAGAAAACUUCAAUCCACCAAUCACUUUCCAGUUAACAACCACCGCUUCUCCAAAACCAAACACCUCUUCAUUCAAAAAACCUAUACUAUCUUCAAAUGAAAUGAGUUAUGCACAAAAGCUAAACUGCCAGCCCGGCAGCAAUCAUUUUAUUCACUACCAGGAAAACAGCCCAUUUCCAAGGACGCAGACAAAAAAAGGAUUAGAAAGCUGGUGGUGUGUGACCACUGCAGUGUGGUUCUUUCUGGUACUGACUCUGCUCAUCGUGGCCCUAACAACUGUGAGCGUCCGGAUCUCCAAGAGCAGACGUAUUCACAAAAAAAAGUCUAAUUUGGUGGUGGUUUCACCCAGAGACUAUCAGCUCACAGAGAUCAACGAGCACAGAGGAAAUUCGAGGAACAGCGCAUCUGAUGUGUUUGUCACAGUAUGCAGUGAAAAUGAAAACCCGCUCAAAGUGACAGUCCCUUUUAAAAGGCCAUUGUCACCUAUCAAUGAGAUUACAGAAAACUCACUAGAUGAAGACCACGAAGAAGAAGAGGAACAGAAUAGCUUAGUAACAAAGCAAGAGUUUACAGAAUAAAAGGGACACCUUCAAACAUCAGCUCACCUGCAUCAUCGUAGCAAUCCGUCUCGCUCCUGUCAUGAAACAGAUGGAGAGCUUUAACCCUUCAACACAGAAGAGACACUUCAUAAUAAAAGAAAAUCUAUGUUUA